AUGGCAAAGGUUCGUGAAACGUACUGGAUACCCAGACUACGCCAGAUAACCAAACGAGUACGAGGCCGUUGUUGGGGAUGCAAGAAAUUCAGAGUUAAAGCAUAUCAGUCCCCACCCCCUGGCACCCUUCCAUCUACAAGAACCAAAGGAUCGACACCGUUCGAAGUUCUAGGUGUAGACUUUGCCUGUCAAAUCCGAUAUCAUACGAAAGGGAGGAGCGGCAGCAGCAGCUCUUCUACGUAUCCAACAAGUGGCGGCGAACGAGCAGGAAAACAACUGAAUUCAAGGAAAGAACAAUGA